AUGCGCCACGCCUCACGCGCGUCACGCGCGGCAGACGUGGCGUACUUCUCGGGCAGCGAGGUGCGGUGCCGCGACGGGUCGCGGUCAGUGGCGGUGCAGCGGGUGAACGACGACUUCUGUGACUGCGCUGAUGGCACCGACGAGCCGGGUGGGUGCCACCCCACCUCACCACUGGGGCUCGUGAGGAGGGACCUGGUUACCAGGUUACCAGGUUACCAUGGCUCCGCGUGUGUUUCCAUUCUGGCCUCCUCCCUUCACUCCUCCCUACCCCGCCCGCUUCAACCCCGUCCACCCCUCUCCACGCUGCCCUCUCUCCACCGCACCCUUGGUCCCCCUGCAGGCACGUCAGCAUGCGCGCUGGCGCGCUUCUACUGCGCCAACCGCGGCCACAUGCCACUCACGCUCUUCUCCUCGCGAGUCAACGACGGCAUCUGCGACUGCUGUGACGGGUCGGACGAGUACGCCAGCGGGGCGGGCUGCAACAACACGUGUGUCCAGAUGGGCGCCGAGACGCGCAGCCAGCUGGCAGCUGACGUGGCGGCGGUGAGGGAGGGCGUGAAGCUGCGAGGCAAGGCGGUGGUGGGGCACGUGGCGCUGAGGGACAAGUGGGAGCGCGAGGUCACGCACCUGGAGGAGCGGCGCGCACACCUGGUGGAGCAGGAGAAGGCGCUCAAAGGUGAGAAGGCGCUCAAAGGUGAGAAGGCGCUCAAAGGCUUGACCCGCCCCCGGGUCGGUGAGAAGGCGCUCAAAGGUGAGAAGGCGCUCAAAGGUGAGAAGGCGCUCAAAGGUGAGAAGGCGCUCAAAGGUGAGAAGGCGCUCAAAGGUGAGAAGGCGCUCAAAGGUCACCCAUCACACGCAUGCGUGCCCCGACCACCUCACCGUGCCCCGACCACCUCACCGUGCCCCGACCACCUCACCGUGCUUGACCUCAUUCUACCUGCCUGCCCUCUUGUCCACUCCUGCCCCACCUCUUGUCCACUCCUGCCCCACCUCUUGUCCACUCCUGCCCCACCUCUUUCUCCUCCCCAUCCUGCACCCCAACCCAACCCCCUGUCCGUGUGUCCUUGUGUGCGUAUCUCUUCCUCGCCGUUGGCUACGCAACGUGCCUGCCUCACUGCAUCGCCUCCAUCUGCCGCCCGACCUGCCGCCCGCUUGCCCAUCCUGCUGCCGCCCACUCGCUGUCCUGCUGCCCGACUCGGCACCGCCACCAUGCCACUACCCCCCCCACCGUGCGGGCAUGGCAUGUCAGAGCACAUGCACUCGCUGCUCGCCUCGGCCUCUCUGCCGCCAUUGCUGCUCUUCCUCGCCCUGCUCGCCCUCCUCCUCUGCCACCGCCCCCUGCGUGCGCUGCUGCUCGCCCCCCCCUGCGCCUGCCUGCGCCUGUGCCACCGCACCAUGGCCUCGCUCUGCCCCUGCCUUGCCGCCCUCACGCCUACCCGCAGGCGCCACCCCCACCACCCCUCUGGGCGGCGGCGCCCUAAGCUGCUGCAGUGA